GUUUUAUCAUUUUCUAUUUCACUUGCAAUGGGUGAUACGAAAGAUCAGUCUCUUUUUCUUAAGGAUCUUAAGCCAAACAUGAAACGAGUGAACUGCAUUUUCAUUGUUCUCGAACUAGGACCUAUCACUCGCACUAAAGAUGGUAAUGAAGUUCGAACUGCGAAGGUAGCAGAUCGUACGGGAACCAUCAAUCUAUCUGUUUGGAACGAGCACUGUUCGCUUAUUGCACCCUGUGAUGUUCUUCAGUUGACGCAGGGAAAUACUGCUGUCCGCGGUGGUUGCCUGACUCUUAACGUGGGGCGGUUUGGACAACUGGUCAAAAUGGGGGAGUUCUGCUUUCCAUUUGCAGAGGUCCCGGAUCACAGCACUCACAACGAAGAGUGGUUGGUCAAAUUGCCAGAGGGCAGCAUACAAACGCAGAAAAAAUCAGAAACCACAACCACUAAAUGAGACAUUCUUCCUGUUCAUACAGAUAAAAUCCUGUUUGUAGA